AUGGAAUCCUUGAAUUAUGAUAUCGUCAAGUAUCUCAUAGAUAAUGGCGUAGAUAUUAAUGUCGCGUUGGAAAAUUUUGAUUCCACUACUGGAGAAACUGCAUUGCACCUUGCCGCGGCAACAGGAACAAAGGAAAUUAUAAAAUUAUUAUUAGAUAACAAUGCCAACAUUAAUGCUAAGAAUAUAAAAGGAAUCACUCCUAUUAUCAAAGCUGUUAAAGCUAACAACCAUGAUGCCAUGGAUGCAUUGAUGGAAUAUAGACCUGAUCUUUUUUGUACAUAUGACAAAUAUCGUUACAGAGCAACGAUAUUUCAUGCAGCUAUUUCAAGUUAUAACUGGAAAUUUUUGUUUGAUUGGUUAUUUAUACUUGCUGAUACGCGUGAUGAUAAUAAUAAUAGUUUCUUUUCGUUCUUUGAAUCCCAACUGUUACUUCAUUACGCGCUCUCGAUAAUAAGGGACGAGGAUAAGAUCAUUAUGUUUCUGCUUGAAGUUGGUCUUGAUGUUAAUGCUUUGGAUUCUAAUGGUAAAUUAGCUAUCGAGUAG